AUGUCUGCUUUCGCUCCGGGGGCGUCGUCGUCGCCGACGGCCACCUUUUUAUUUUCCGCAAGGUCGAGUCUGGCGUCGAUUUCUGGUCCUGCAUCCGAGUUUGUGCCCGAGUCCAAGACGACGUCCUGGUCGCCCUCGGCAAUUGCGAUCUCAACAGACUUUGGCAGCGACAGCGAUAAGAUCAGUAUCAGCAGCUGCAGCACCAACGCCAGCACCGACACCGGCACGACCAUUGGCAACUGCCACGGGCCAUUUGGCAGAACCAGCAGGAAAGGGGCAGAAACCACAACAGUCACCACUUCCUCGCCAUUUCCUCAGCAACGCUUGCCUUCACCAUCCUGGACGAUGCCGUCGGCCACAACGGCAGCUACGACUGGCGGCGGCGACGGCGCGAUAGUCAAAACCCGAAACAGAAUGGAAGCGACGACCGGCGACGGCGUGCAAACGCAAUUGCUAGACUGGAACUCCACAACGACUUCCCUUUUCAACCUAGACUCCCAAUCGCAACGCUCCCGCCGAUCACAGCUCGAUCACCAUCAACCAAUGCUGUCGGCUCGAGCCUGCGAGCCCCAGCUUGUUCCGGGCUUCGACCGCGAUCGCGUUCACGAUUGGAACCUCAAGACGCAUCACGGACCCUGGGCUCACGUAUGGCAAGAUCUCCCACCGCCGCCUUCGCCGCACUACGACUUGGACAACGAGGCCUGUCGCCGUCCUUCUACCUCCAAGAGCCACCACUUUCACUUCCGAUGGCCCAAGCGAAACAGCAGCGCAACGCAAGAUGACUUUCUGCCGCUUCCUGCACAAGGGCGCAUAAGCUCCGAAUCGGCCAUGACGAUCAUCGGCCGUAGAAGCAGCUUCGACAGAGACACUCUCAAGGGCGACAUGCAGGGUCAUGAUCAAGAGGAGCUCCAGAAGGAGCAGCAGCAGCAACAACAACAACAACAACAACAAGAGCGGAACCAGCAGCAGCCCGGCGAUAUCACGGCGAACAUGACGAAGCAGGAGUUCGAGGCUCUCCCUUUGACCAUUCAACGCAAGUACUUCUCAUCUCUCGAGCGCCUUCGCUUCGCCCAACUGCCACCCACCAACACGAGCCAGCCUUCUUUCGCUGUCGUCAGUGCUCCCACCCGGCACACCGACACCGAAACGAGCACCAGCUUCACUACCACCGACCUUGACAGCGUCACUCUCUCGAGCUUAAAGAAGAGAAGAAGGCGAGCAUCGCGCAUCGUCUCCGAGCAAGCCGCCAGCCGUCUUACCAGAAGAUCUUCGCGCCGCCCCUCCUUUUAUGCGACCCUCCCCGACAAGAUCAAGCGGCAGCACUUGACAAGCGAGGAGCAGAUUGUUGUUGCCAGGUUGCGCAGACACAACAUCAAGCUGACCUCGCCCAACGACACGGUGCGCAGGUCCGGCCGCAGAGCAUCCAACGUGGCCAUCCCGGAGAGCUUGUACAGCCCAACAUUGGUCCCGCCCCGCCCCCAGACCAUGGAGACUCACGAGUCGCGGCCUUGGAUGCCCGAGGCCGUACAGAAGGGUUCGGACUCGUUCUACGACAGUUUUAGGUGGCUCGAGGAAGACGACGAGCUCGAUCUCCGCUUGCACCUUGACGACUACCAUGCGAACCUGCGACAAGAACUCCCGCCACCAACCAAAUCGCGCAGGCCAUCCUUCCGUCGGCACCUCUCGAUCACCAAGGUCCCCUUCGGACGUUCAUCCAUCUCCUCCGGCAGACCUGGCACGACGCACGCAACGACACCAACGUCGCCUGCUUACCCUCCAAGCAGUAGUCCCCUGGCGAAUCCGACAGUUCACGUGCGGCGCAAGUCCCGAGCGCUCUCCUUGAUAUCACCCAAGCAGAGUCCCAAGGAUGCCACGACUGGAUCUGAUCCCGCCGCCGCCCACUACCAGGACCCAGAGGCCCGGCAAAAGCUCAAGCUCUACCUCGCAUCUCCUCUCAAGUUUGAUGAAGCUGUGCAGUACGGGUUCCCCUCAACGGAGGGCGCCGUCAAGGAGAUGAAAACGUCCGAAGACGAUGUCAUUGUGCCAAAGAUGCAAGAGAAGCCGCGUACGUUCCUCGCUGAUGACAAGUCAUCCAUCUACAGUGACGAGAUGUCAGCCGCGGAAACGGAUUCGCCAAAGACGCCCCACGCGUUUGAGAAGCCCGCCGUUCGCCCCCUUCGUGUGCCCAUCGACUCGGAAGGGCCCGACAAGCCGGUUGACGAAGGUUCAGUUGGGGCGCCGUCUUCCAGAGAGAUGACAUUGCGCAUGACGUUGACGAGGCCCGAUCUCCGCGCCAACGAGGAUCAGAUCUAUGGCUGGCAGCACAAGGGCCCCAUGGCCAGCCGCAAGUCAACAUCCAAUGCGCUCCGGGACGAGUUUGACCCUGUGUCGUGUGCCAGAGAGGGCAACUCGAAGGAAAGCUUCGAACGACAGUUUGCUGCCAUGGACCAGUGGCAAGCCCAGGUCAACGAUCGCGGUGUCAUGAAGCGUUUCUGGCACAAGGUCCGACGGGCUCCAUAG